AUGAAUACGCCUGCUGCACAGGGUCGUCCACGACAGAUCAGCAACAAUAGCCAACCAGGAUCGAGACCUGGUGCUGGAGGUGGGGGGAGCGGUACGUCUUCACCAGUUGGAGACCGGAGACAAGCACAAGCAGGAGGCAAUAAGGCGGUCCCGAAAGCAAAGGCUGCUCAGCUCAAGCUCGAGCAUUUCUACAAACUUGCAGUCGAGGCGGCGGUGGAGCGGAAUACCAGGUGA